AUGUUAAUCAACGGUGACCCUGUCAUUGUCCCUUCCGGUAUCCAGGCCUCGCCAACUAUCCUCACGGCCGCCUCGCCCUCGCCACCCAACGGCACAUUCACCGGCGUCAAAGAAAAUGAAGACGGGACUCUGGACUUCGACAUCCGGGAGCAGACUGUGGCCAUUCUUCGCAACGUCGAGGCUAUCAUCAAACAUGCCACCGGUGACCGAAACGGACUCGAAAGUAUCAUUGAUGCAACGGUGUUCCUCCCCCACAUUAAGGCGCAUUACGCUGGCAUGAAUGCGAUGUGGAAUGAGUUUUACCCUGAUACUGACAGGGCGCCAGCGAGGACGGCGAUCGGAGUCAAGGAGCUGCCAAGUCCGAAGAUGAUCGUUGAAAUCAAAUGCAUAGCGUUGGUUACGGUUGAGCAUUAG